AUGUUUUCUUUGCCAACUCUGUCAUAUACUAACUAUUCACUACAGAUACGAAGACUCUCAUUCACAAUCAUACAUUCAACUACAAUAGCUCUCCCAGCAUGGCACAAGGUUUGCCAUGAGCUCAACCUCAAGGAACGACUUAUCCCACAGGAUGUUGUCACAUGCUGGAACUCAACAUACAACAUGAUGAAGUUUGUGCUUGCUUAUAAGAGUGUGAUUGACAGGGUUACUGCUGACAAGUCGUUGAAAUUGUGCAAGUACAAGCUUAACAAUGAGGACUGGGGCAUCAUCAAAGAUCUUGUUGCUACGUACAAAAAAGCAACUCUUUUCUUCUACCAAGAUUCAGCGAGCAUUGCCACUGUGAUACCUGCAAUGGACAAGCUCGACUCCCAUCUCAACCCUCAUACCAGGAACCCAUACCAUCCAGCCAUCAAGGCUGCUAUGAAGCUCGCACGCAAGAAGAUCAACCACUACUAUUUGAUGACCAAUCUUUCUUCCUUAUACCAAAUUGCAAUGGGUAAGCAUCCAAUCUAUUUUUAUUAUCACAGACAACUCACCUUUACUUAG